AUGACGGAACGAACGGAUUACAUUAUAACACCAUGGGAGAUAGAAAUUCACGUACAAGAUUUACAGCCCUCAAACAUCGAGGACAUUGGUACUAAACGAUGGUUGGAAUUUCACAAGAAGUUGAUGCUGUUAAACCAGCAAAGCGUUUUAGAAAUCAGCUCCUUGCGAGAAGAAGCUGUAAAAGAAUGGUUCAUCUCGUUAAAAAAGAUACCAGUACUGAUUCACGAAGUUAUUCAGAUAAAUGUAUGGAAAGAAAAAGUAUUUCCUCUUUUGAUUGAAAUAAAUGAUGAACCCACGAACACGUUUCUCCUGCACAGCGUGUUUUAUCACGAAGUGAUAGCUUGUUCCUUGUUGGAAAAUAUUCUAUUUCAUUCCGAUAGUGCAGAAGCUGUGGAUGACUAUGCCCUGGAUUUGAUUGAUUACGCAGUUACCAACGUUACGAAUCUGCUCUAUAAGGGCAGAGAAGAAUCCGAGGACGAGUUCAAAGACGCAAACACGUGCUUGGCAGAGUUACUCCGAAAGAGGAAGGAAAUUGAAUUUGACAUUAGCAUGAAGUGUGUGUCGAUUUUGCGAUACAUGGCCGAGUUUACUGAUAGUUUAUCUCUGUGCGCUCUUUCACGAAUGUUAUCAACACACGACGUUCCGUACCUGUUGACUGAAUUAAUUGAAAAACAACCCUGGAUGAAACUCGGCGAGGAUGGGAAUAAAAUGGUAUACAAUGGAAAAUGGGAAACGGUUAACGAAACCGACCAGGACAGAAUCUGUAAAGUAGAGGGUCAAGUGUGGAUAGGUUUACGGGAAAUUCUCCUGAAUCCAAAAUGUGCGCCGUAUUAUGAGAUCACUGAAUUCAGAAUGUCUAAACUGGUCAAGCUGCAAAAAUACCUACACGAAUCUAUACUGGAUCAAAUUUCUCCGUUGAUAGAGUUGAAAAGAUGGCUUUGUCAAUUGAGCGUGAUGUCCCAACCUCCGAAUGUACAAAAACCAAUAAUUGUUGAAAUGCUGCCUGAGGUAAGGUCGUCUAUCCUGGCUAAGAAUCAUAGGAAAUGGAAAAAAAUAGCUAAACUUCAAUCGAAAUCGCUGUUCAAUAAUGACAUAGAACACAUUAAGAGUAUGGCACAGGUUUUGAGCGACGCAUAUGACCUGGACAAGCUCGAAUCUAUAGAACCAAGAAGGUGCUUUGCCUGUAAAGAAAUUGCAUCGAAUCGCUGUUCUAAAUGCAGGGAGGCUUGGUACUGCGGCAGAGAAUGUCAAGUAAAGGAUUGGACCCGACAUAAGGAUGUAUGCGAUAAGAUUAUACAAAAUAAAGCGGCCUACGGCAUCAAAGAUUGAUAACACA